AUGCAUACGUCGUUUCGUGGCUCAGCCCCACCCAGCAGCAGUGACGCCGGACAAAGCAACAAGCAGCAGCAUCACGACGAGCGCCCAGCUGCGGCGUCCCUUGUUCCAGCCAUGUCUCAAUCCCUCCGUCCCUAUCUCCAGUGCGUCCGCAGCAGCUUGACGGCCGCCUUGACGCUUUCCAACUUCGCCUCGCAGACGGCCGAACGACACAAUGUCCCCGAGAUCGAGGCCCAGUCAUCACCCGAAGUGCUCUUGACACCUUUGACGGUCGCGCGCAACGAAAAUGAGCGCGUCUUGAUCGAACCCAGCAUCAACUCGAUCAGAAUAAGCAUCAAGAUCAAGCAGGCAGACGAGAUUGAGCACAUCCUUGUACACAAGUUUACUCGAUUCUUAACGCAAAGAGCGGAGUCCUUCUUUAUUCUCAGAAGAAAGCCGAUCAAGGGCUAUGAUAUUUCCUUCUUAAUAACAAACUUCCACACGGACGAGAUGCUGAAACAUAAGCUGGUCGACUUUAUCAUACAGUUCAUGGAAGAUGUCGACAAGGAGAUUUCCGAGAUGAAGCUCUUUUUGAACGCCAGAGCGCGUUUCGUAGCAGAGUCUUUCUUAACACCGUUCAAUUGA